GUUUACUCAGAGAGGAGUCGGGAGUUUCAUCUCUUUCAUGCUCAUUAAUGCCUGGACAAACAUCCCUGCACUGAUUGAGAAGAGAAAUCCUCAGCACCUGCUUCAACAUGCCAGCCUCUUCACGGUUACUGGACGGUCAUGAGCUGACGUCUCCGUAUAAGAGUCUACAUGACAACUAUGUGUCCAACCGCAGGGACUCCAAGUGUCCCGCCUCGGCUCUGCUGGCCGCUGGAUGUCUGCUGGUUUUGGGGAUUUUAUUGGCCGUGGCUGUGAUAGAGAUGUUAAAGAAUGAGGAUCGAAUCCACGAGGCUCUGAAUCCUCCUCAACACAGACGUGCUGUAAUCAAACCGGCCCCAUCGAGCACAGCAGUGUUUGUUAGUGUCGAGGAUUCAACAGGCUUUGAUGCAGUGUUAUUUUUUAUUGUUCUGGUGGAGAGUUUUCCUCUGGGCCUGGAUUACGGGAGAAACGUGAGCGCCGGAGUCAGUCUGUAUGAAGCCUGGAAGGAUCUUCUGUCCUCGGCCUCUAAACAGAUCGACGUGGCGUCGUUCUACUGGUGUCUGACCGGAGAAGACAUCAGCGUUAACUCCUCCAGCGACAGACAGGGCAGAGAGAUUUUAGAAGAGUUCAAGGCUUUACCGUCCAGAAACGUGUCUGUGCGCGUCGUCACCAGCAUCCCAACCUUAGCUCCCAACUCAACCGACCUGAAAGCCCUCAAAGAACACGGAGUCCAGAUACGCCGCGUGAACUUCGGCCGUUUGACUAAAGGAAUCCUUCACUCCAAGUUCUGGAUCGUGGACGGGAAGCACGUCUACAUCGGCAGCGCCAACAUGGACUGGAGAGCUCUAACGCAGGUCAAAGAGCUCGGUGUGGUCAUCUAUAACUCCAGCGCUCUGGCUGCUGACCUGCAGAAGAUCUUCCAGUCCUACUGGGUCACGGGUCGCUCCAACGCCUCCAUCCCGGAUCCGUGGCCCUCCGACUACGACACCCGGAUCAACGAGGAGCGUCCGCUGCUGCUCAACCUGAGCGGAGCCGAGAGCAGAGCUUACAUCGCGGCCUCUCCGCCGGUCUUCUGUCCGGACUCUCGCACACGAGAUCUGGACGCGAUCCUGUCGGCCAUCAGAGGAGCUCAGGACUUCAUCCAUGUGGCGGUCAUGGAGUUUUAUCCCGCUUCCAAGUCGUUCCAUCAUCACGGAUACUGGCCCGUGAUUGAAGACGCUCUGAAGCGCUCGGCCGUGGACAGGAACGUCUCCGUCUGUCUGCUGGUCAGCUGUGGACAGGAAACAGAUCCGGCCGUCUGGCCCUUCAUCAGGUCCUUAGACGCGCUUCACUCUCCGUCAGACAACAUUAACAUCGCAGUGAGAGUGUUUGUUAUUCCGGCCGGAAACCAGUCACACAUCCCGUAUUCCAGAAUCAACCACAACAAGUACCUGGUGACGGAUAAAGUGGCGUAUGUCGGCACGUCUAACUGGUCAGCUGACUACUUCAGCACCACGGCCGGCGUGGGUUUAGUGCUUUCCCAGAAUGCUUCAGGAGACUCGUUCCAUCAGCAGCUGAGAGCCGUGUUUGAGCGAGACUGGAGCUCUCCAUUCUCUCAUCCGCUCGAUGAUCUCCAGCGCAUCCACGACUGCGCUUCCUCCACAUCUGCACCAUAGACACCUCUCUCUCUCUCUCUCACUCUCUCUCUGUCUCUCUCUCUCUCUCUCUCGCACGCAUCAGACCUGAAAUAUUAAUAUAUCACAUGCAUGAUAAACUACAGUAAUACGUAUCACAGUCUCUAGAUAAGAAGAAAGAAGAAGUCUCUUAUACAGUAGAGUUAGAUGAAUAAUACACUGAAGAGAUGCUAAGAGUUAAGAGUUUUAGCUUGAAUAUGUAUUAAAGUUAUUAGGGCAGUUUUUAGGAACAUACUGUAUAUGACAUGUUCAAGUAUUCUGUACAUUCUGCUCUAGAAUGUAUAAACAAAUGCUAUAUAGAUAUAUAUUUCACAAUCUUUUCUGUCAGUGUUUUUCUCCUCGAAUAAUGAUAAAUUAAAAAAAAAGUUUAAAUCAAA